UUUAUCCUACGCCCAUACUGUACUAAAAAAUCAUUUGCAAUGGCAUGCAAUUCAUGCGCCAAACCGUUUACAUUAUUUCGGAACGAGAAAGGAUGUCCCAAUUGUGGCUUUGCUUUUUGUUCUAAAUGUUUAGCACACAAAAUGUUUGUGCAGAAACUAAAUGCCGAGACCAAGGUUUGUAUGAAAUGUGCAAAAGCACCCAACUCAAGUAAACCAAGAAAUGUGGAACCACCUGAUGCAUAUUUCAAGAGAAUAACACCAGGUACAAACCUGAAUGACAAUCCCACAGCAGGAAAUUCCAAAGAUCAAGAAAUAGUUGAAAGAUUAAAUAAGUUAAAACAAGACAAGACUGAACAUAAUUUAAAGCCUGACGAGAAAAUAGCAAAGCGACUACAGGGUCUCACCAGAGAAGUACCACCUACCACAGACCAUGAACUACAGUUGCGUCUGGCAAACCUGAGGGGGUUACCACUCAAUGUUUAUCAAAGUAAGAUUUCAUUGCCACCUCCAGACCAAAGAACAGAACAAGAGCAAACUGAUGAUUUGCUAAAACAAUAUAUAGAGCAAACAAAAAUUGACAGUACAUAUAAAGAUGAAUUUGAUACCCUAGUGAAUGAGAUGGAGGUGAGAUUACAGAGAGUAAAAAGUGGCAACUGUAUUAAACCAAGUGGUUCUCAAGAACAACAAGCAUCUAAGACUGAAGAUGAAGAAGAUGCAGUAAAAAAGAUAGUUGAAAAAAUGAAAGCUGAAGCAGUAUUGGAAGAUCAGGAAGUUUCUUCUCCAAGAAAUGAUGAACUGCCAUUCUGUGAAAUAUGUAAUGAGGAUGCAAAUAUGCGUUGUCUUGGAUGUCGCUAUUUAUUUUGUAAACACUGUUUCAUUGACCAUAAAGAUGAUGAUGAUGGAUGUAAUAAAUAUGAACUCUAUGUACCUCCAAAGGAUUAUCAAUAGUAAUUUAUAUUCAAUACGGUCAACUUUAUUUUUUAGAUAAUAAAACACUAUUUAGAGUUAAUUUAUUUAAAAUGUUUGCAAAUAAAACUACAUAAUUCUGUUACU